AUGACGGGGCAAAGGUUUGGGAAAUGUAUCGCCCUUUGCUUGCUGCCCUGGAGCUGCCUGAGCUUUGCCUGGAGUGAUGCUGCUGGGUCCAGGACCACCUCGCCCGGGGCAGGACACGUCAGAAAGGGGCUGCCCAGAGACGUUGCCAACGGGACCUACGUGCACAGCAACAUCUCAGCGCCGUGCACGGCUCUCCCCCCGCCGCACUAUGGAUACUACUACGUGGACAGAGGCUCGGGCGUCUCCUUGGGCUCGGUCCUUGUGUACUGGUGCCAGGAGGGGUACCAGCUGGUGGGCAGCGAGAGGCUCUCCUGCCUCCGCCGGGAGAGCACUUCGUCCUGGAGCCACCCGCCGCCCCACUGCCAGGCCGCCCCGCAGCCUUCGGGCACCGGUUCCCGCGCUGCGGUGGCCGCCUCGCUGUUGAGCGGAGCCAUCAUCUUGGCACUGUCCGUCUCCUUCGCAGUCUGCUGCUGGCGGGAUAGGGCGAGGAAAAGCCGCGGGGGGCAGCAGCAUAGGAGGAAAGUCAGAGGAGGAUGGAAGCAUGACCCCUCCCCCCCCGAGAGAGGGAGGAAUGCUUUUGGGAGACUGAAGCACUACCAUCGGCGCGAUUACCACCUCUCAGCCCUCUCCAGCUCUGUGUUCCCAGGGGCAUUCGCCGGCUGCAAUAACCUGGCUUUCCAAAGGAGCCCCGAAAACCUGCCAAAGCUGCCCCUGCAGAGCUGGCACCCCGAAGCGCAUGUCUUGCCCCGGCUGGUGUUACAGCCCGGCACACCACCCAUCACUGCCCUGCCCAGCCAGCCGCCCCACAACCUACUGCUGCCUGCCGUGCCCUGCCCUGCUGACCUCCCCAGGGACCUGCUCCCCCUCUACUACAGAAGCAAUGAGGAACAUAAGCUCUUCAACUAG